AUGGCCACCACCCACCACCUCCUCCUCAUCCUCCUCCUGGUGGCCCUGCAUGCCAGGGUUACCCAGGCUGCUCCGUGGCAAGCACUGGGAGCAGGUGAGGGUCGUGGCAACGGUUAUCCAGCUUCUCGGCCGGAUGUUGGUUUGGAGCCCUUGGGGCAUCCUGGAGGUCCUCUCAAAGUCGAGAGCUUCCCGACCUCUUGGCCUCUUCCUGUCCCCGAGCCUGAGAGCAAUCCCACAGGGACGGACCGAGAGGCUGUGCAGAAGGAGGCGUUUUUGGAAGGAAGCAGUGGCUCCCUGCCAGCCUCUGCUGAAGAAACAGAGGUGAUGCAAGCCAACGGCAUGCCAGAGCCCCACAGUGCUGUGCUGGCUAUAAAUACUGACCGAUCAGCCCCCGGACCCAUCUGCAGCAGCAGCGGCAGCAGCGGCAGCAGCGGCAGCAGCGGCAGUGACAGCAGUGGUGGCAGUGGUGACAGCAGCGGCUGCGGCAGUGGCAGGGCCAUGGCCACCACCCACCACCUCCUCCUCAUCCUCCUCCUGGUGGCCCUGCAUGCCAGGGUUACCCAGGCUGCUCCGUGGCAAGCACUGGGAGCAGGUGAGGGUCGUGGCAACGGUUAUCCAGCUUCUCGGCCGGAUGUUGGUUUGGAGCCCUUGGGGCAUCCUGGAGGUCCUCUCAAAGUCGAGAGCUUCCCGACCUCUUGGCCUCUUCCUGUCCCCGAGCCUGAGAGCAAUCCCACAGGGACGGACCGAGAGGCUGUGCAGAAGGAGGCGUUUUUGGAAGGAAGCAGUGGCUCCCUGCCAGCCUCUGCUGAAGAAACAGAGGUGAUGCAAGCCAACGGCAUGCCAGAGCCCCACAGUGCUGUGCUGGCUAUAAAUACUGACCGAUCAGCCCCCGGACCCAUCUGCAGCAGCAGCGGCAGCAGCGGCAGCAGCGGCAGCAGCGGCAGUGACAGCAGUGGUGGCAGUGGUGACAGCAGCGGCUGCGGCAGUGGCAGGGCCAUGGCCACCACCCACCACCUCCUCCUCAUCCUCCUCCUGGUGGCCCUGCAUGCCAGGGUUACCCAGGCUGCUCCGUGGCAAGCACUGGGAGCAGGUGAGGGUCGUGGCAACGGUUAUCCAGCUUCUCGGCUGGAUGUUGGUUUGGAGCCCUUGGGGCAUCCUGGAGGUCCUCUCAAAGUCGAGAGCUUCCCGACCUCUUGGCCUCUUCCUGUCCCCGAGCCUGAGAGCAAUCCCACAGGGACGGACCGAGAGGCUGUGCAGAAGGAGGCGUUUUUGGAAGGAAGCAGUGGCUCCCUGCCAGCCUCUGCUGAAGAAACAGAGGUGAUGCAAGCCAACGGCAUGCCAGAGCCCCACAGUGCUGUGCUGGCUAUAAAUACUGACCGAUCAGCCCCCGGACCCAUCUGCAGCAGCAGCGGCAGCAGCGGCAGCAGCGGCAGCAGCGGCAGUGACAGCAGUGGUGGCAGUGGUGACAGCAGUGGCUGCGGCAGUGGCAGGGCCAUGGCCACCACCCACCACCUCCUCCUCAUCCUCCUCCUGGUGGCCCUGCAUGCCAGGGUUACCCAGGCUGCUCCGUGGCAAGCACUGGGAGCAGGUGAGGGUCGUGGCAACGGUUAUCCAGCUUCUCGGCCGGAUGUUGGUUUGGAGCCCUUGGGGCAUCCUGGAGGUCCUCUCAAAGUCGAGAGCUUCCCGACCUCUUGGCCUCUUCCUGUCCCCGAGCCUGAGAGCAAUCCCACAGGGACGGACCGAGAGGCUGUGCAGAAGGAGGCGUUUUUGGAAGGAAGCAGUGGCUCCCUGCCAGCCUCUGCUGAAGAAACAGAGGUGAUGCAAGCCAACGGCAUGCCAGAGCCCCACAGUGCUGUGCUGGCUAUAAAUACUGACCGAUCAGCCCCCGGACCCAUCUGCAGCAGCAGCGGCAGCAGCGGCAGCAGCGGCAGCAGCGGCAGUGACAGCAGUGGUGGCAGUGGUGACAGCAGCGGCUGCGGCAGUGGCAGGGCCAUGGCCACCACCCACCACCUCCUCCUCAUCCUCCUCCUGGUGGCCCUGCAUGCCAGGGUUACCCAGGCUGCUCCGUGGCAAGCACUGGGAGCAGGUGAGGGUCGUGGCAACGGUUAUCCAGCUUCUCGGCCGGAUGUUGGUUUGGAGCCCUUGGGGCAUCCUGGAGGUCCUCUCAAAGUCGAGAGCUUCCCGACCUCUUGGCCUCUUCCUGUCCCCGAGCCUGAGAGCAAUCCCACAGGGACGGACCGAGAGGCUGUGCAGAAGGAGGCGUUUUUGGAAGGAAGCAGUGGCUCCCUGCCAGCCUCUGCUGAAGAAACAGAGGUGAUGCAAGCCAACGGCAUGCCAGAGCCCCACAGUGCUGUGCUGGCUAUAAAUACUGACCGAUCAGCCCCCGGACCCAUCUGCAGCAGCAGCGGCAGCAGCGGCAGCAGCGGCAGCAGCGGCAGUGACAGCAGUGGUGGCAGUGGUGACAGCAGCGGCUGCGGCAGUGGCAGGGCCAUGGCCACCACCCACCACCUCCUCCUCAUCCUCCUCCUGGUGGCCCUGCAUGCCAGGGUUACCCAGGCUGCUCCGUGGCAAGCACUGGGAGCAGGUGAGGGUCGUGGCAACGGUUAUCCAGCUUCUCGGCCGGAUGUUGGUUUGGAGCCCUUGGGGCAUCCUGGAGGUCCUCUCAAAGUCGAGAGCUUCCCGACCUCUUGGCCUCUUCCUGUCCCCGAGCCUGAGAGCAAUCCCACAGGGACGGACCGAGAGGCUGUGCAGAAGGAGGCGUUUUUGGAAGGAAGCAGUGGCUCCCUGCCAGCCUCUGCUGAAGAAACAGAGGUGAUGCAAGCCAACGGCAUGCCAGAGCCCCACAGUGCUGUGCUGGCUAUAAAUACUGACCGAUCAGCCCCCGGACCCAUCUGCAGCAGCAGCGGCAGCAGCGGCAGCAGCGGCAGCAGCGGCAGCAGCGGCAGCAGCGGCAGUGACAGCAGUGGUGGCAGUGGUGACAGCAGCGGCUGCGGCAGUGGCAGGGCCAUGGCCACCACCCACCACCUCCUCCUCAUCCUCCUCCUGGUGGCCCUGCAUGCCAGGGUUACCCAGGCUGCUCCGUGGCAAGCACUGGGAGCAGGUGAGGGUCGUGGCAACGGUUAUCCAGCUUCUCGGCCGGAUGUUGGUUUGGAGCCCUUGGGGCAUCCUGGAGGUCCUCUCAAAGUCGAGAGCUUCCCGACCUCUUGGCCUCUUCCUGUCCCCGAGCCUGAGAGCAAUCCCACAGGGACGGACCGAGAGGCUGUGCAGAAGGAGGCGUUUUUGGAAGGAAGCAGUGGCUCCCUGCCAGCCUCUGCUGAAGAAACAGAGGUGAUGCAAGCCAACGGCAUGCCAGAGCCCCACAGUGCUGUGCUGGCUAUAAAUACUGACCGAUCAGCCCCCGGACCCAUCUGCAGCAGCAGCGGCAGCAGCGGCAGCAGCGGCAGCAGCGGCAGUGACAGCAGUGGUGGCAGUGGUGACAGCAGCGGCUGCGGCAGUGGCAGGGCCAUGGCCACCACCCACCACCUCCUCCUCAUCCUCCUCCUGGUGGCCCUGCAUGCCAGGGUUACCCAGGCUGCUCCGUGGCAAGCACUGGGAGCAGGUGAGGGUCGUGGCAACGGUUAUCCAGCUUCUCGGCCGGAUGUUGGUUUGGAGCCCUUGGGGCAUCCUGGAGGUCCUCUCAAAGUCGAGAGCUUCCCGACCUCUUGGCCUCUUCCUGUCCCCGAGCCUGAGAGCAAUCCCACAGGGACGGACCGAGAGGCUGUGCAGAAGGAGGCGUUUUUGGAAGGAAGCAGUGGCUCCCUGCCAGCCUCUGCUGAAGAAACAGAGGUGAUGCAAGCCAACGGCAUGCCAGAGCCCCACAGUGCUGUGCUGGCUAUAAAUACUGACCGAUCAGCCCCCGGACCCAUCUGCAGCAGCAGCGGCAGCAGCGGCAGCAGCGGCAGCAGCGGCAGUGACAGCAGUGGUGGCAGUGGUGACAGCAGCGGCUGCGGCAGUGGCAGGGCCAUGGCCACCACCCACCACCUCCUCCUCAUCCUCCUCCUGGUGGCCCUGCAUGCCAGGGUUACCCAGGCUGCUCCGUGGCAAGCACUGGGAGCAGGUGAGGGUCGUGGCAACGGUUAUCCAGCUUCUCGGCCGGAUGUUGGUUUGGAGCCCUUGGGGCAUCCUGGAGGUCCUCUCAAAGUCGAGAGCUUCCCGACCUCUUGGCCUCUUCCUGUCCCCGAGCCUGAGAGCAAUCCCACAGGGACGGACCGAGAGGCUGUGCAGAAGGAGGCGUUUUUGGAAGGAAGCAGUGGCUCCCUGCCAGCCUCUGCUGAAGAAACAGAGGUGAUGCAAGCCAACGGCAUGCCAGAGCCCCACAGUGCUGUGCUGGCUAUAAAUACUGACCGAUCAGCCCCCGGACCCAUCUGCAGCAGCAGCGGCAGCAGCGGCAGCAGCGGCAGCAGCGGCAGCAGCGGCAGCAGCGGCAGUGACAGCAGUGGUGGCAGUGGUGACAGCAGCGGCUGCGGCAGUGGCAGGGCCAUGGCCACCACCCACCACCUCCUCCUCAUCCUCCUCCUGGUGGCCCUGCAUGCCAGGGUUACCCAGGCUGCUCCGUGGCAAGCACUGGGAGCAGGUGAGGGUCGUGGCAACGGUUAUCCAGCUUCUCGGCCGGAUGUUGGUUUGGAGCCCUUGGGGCAUCCUGGAGGUCCUCUCAAAGUCGAGAGCUUCCCGACCUCUUGGCCUCUUCCUGUCCCCGAGCCUGAGAGCAAUCCCACAGGGACGGACCGAGAGGCUGUGCAGAAGGAGGCGUUUUUGGAAGGAAGCAGUGGCUCCCUGCCAGCCUCUGCUGAAGAAACAGAGGUGAUGCAAGCCAACGGCAUGCCAGAGCCCCACAGUGCUGUGCUGGCUAUAAAUACUGACCGAUCAGCCCCCGGACCCAUCUGCAGCAGCAGCGGCAGCAGCGGCAGCAGCGGCAGCAGCGGCAGUGACAGCAGUGGUGGCAGUGGUGACAGCAGCGGCUGCGGCAGUGGCAGGGCCAUGGCCACCACCCACCACCUCCUCCUCAUCCUCCUCCUGGUGGCCCUGCAUGCCAGGGUUACCCAGGCUGCUCCGUGGCAAGCACUGGGAGCAGGUGAGGGUCGUGGCAACGGUUAUCCAGCUUCUCGGCCGGAUGUUGGUUUGGAGCCCUUGGGGCAUCCUGGAGGUCCUCUCAAAGUCGAGAGCUUCCCGACCUCUUGGCCUCUUCCUGUCCCCGAGCCUGAGAGCAAUCCCACAGGGACGGACCGAGAGGCUGUGCAGAAGGAGGCGUUUUUGGAAGGAAGCAGUGGCUCCCUGCCAGCCUCUGCUGAAGAAACAGAGGUGAUGCAAGCCAACGGCAUGCCAGAGCCCCACAGUGCUGUGCUGGCUAUAAAUACUGACCGAUCAGCCCCCGGACCCAUCUGCAGCAGCAGCGGCAGCAGCGGCAGCAGCGGCAGCAGCGGCAGUGACAGCAGUGGUGGCAGUGGUGACAGCAGCGGCUGCGGCAGUGGCAGGGCCAUGGCCACCACCCACCACCUCCUCCUCAUCCUCCUCCUGGUGGCCCUGCAUGCCAGGGUUACCCAGGCUGCUCCGUGGCAAGCACUGGGAGCAGGUGAGGGUCGUGGCAACGGUUAUCCAGCUUCUCGGCCGGAUGUUGGUUUGGAGCCCUUGGGGCAUCCUGGAGGUCCUCUCAAAGUCGAGAGCUUCCCGACCUCUUGGCCUCUUCCUGUCCCCGAGCCUGAGAGCAAUCCCACAGGGACGGACCGAGAGGCUGUGCAGAAGGAGGCGUUUUUGGAAGGAAGCAGUGGCUCCCUGCCAGCCUCUGCUGAAGAAACAGAGGUGAUGCAAGCCAACGGCAUGCCAGAGCCCCACAGUGCUGUGCUGGCUAUAAAUACUGACCGAUCAGCCCCCGGACCCAUCUGCAGCAGCAGCAGCAGCAGCGGCAGCAGCGGCAGCAGCGGCAGCAGCGGCAGCAGCGGCAGUGACAGCAGUGGUGGCAGUGGUGACAGCAGCGGCUGCGGCAGUGGCAGGGCCAUGGCCACCACCCACCACCUCCUCCUCAUCCUCCUCCUGGUGGCCCUGCAUGCCAGGGUUACCCAGGCUGCUCCGUGGCAAGCACUGGGAGCAGGUGAGGGUCGUGGCAAUGGUUAUCCAGCUUCUCGGCCGGAUGUUGGUUUGGAGCCCUUGGGGCAUCCUGGAGGUCCUCUCAAAGUCGAGAGCUUCCCGACCUCUUGGCCUCUUCCUGUCCCCGAGCCUGAGAGCAAUCCCACAGGGACGGACCGAGAGGCUGUGCAGAAGGAGGCGUUUUUGGAAGGAAGCAGUGGCUCCCUGCCAGCCUCUGCUGAAGAAACAGAGGUGAUGCAAGCCAACGGCAUGCCAGAGCCCCACAGUGCUGUGCUGGCUAUAAAUACUGACCGAUCAGCCCCCGGACCCAUCUGCAGCAGCAGCGGCAGCAGCGGCAGCAGCGGCAGCAGCGGCAGUGACAGCAGUGGUGGCAGUGGUGACAGCAGUGGCUGCGGCAGUGGCAGGGCCAUGGCCACCACCCACCACCUCCUCCUCAUCCUCCUCCUGGUGGCCCUGCAUGCCAGGGUUACCCAGGCUGCUCCGUGGCAAGCACUGGGAGCAGGUGAGGGUCGUGGCAACGGUUAUCCAGCUUCUCGGCCGGAUGUUGGUUUGGAGCCCUUGGGGCAUCCUGGAGGUCCUCUCAAAGUCGAGAGCUUCCCGACCUCUUGGCCUCUUCCUGUCCCCGAGCCUGAGAGCAAUCCCACAGGGACGGACCGAGAGGCUGUGCAGAAGGAGGCGUUUUUGGAAGGAAGCAGUGGCUCCCUGCCAGCCUCUGCUGAAGAAACAGAGGUGAUGCAAGCCAACGGCAUGCCAGGGUUCUUUGUGGCCUUGACACCUAGCAGGACUUUCUCUGAAAGAAAGAAAGCCUAG